ACUACUAGAUCCUAUUAUCUACUCCUCAGAUCUCAAUGCCUGCCUGCCUAACCAAAAGGCUAAAAACCUAUCCCCUCCAACCCCAGCCUUCCUUCCAGCAUCCACUGCCACCAUCUCCAGAGCUUCAUGCUGACUCCCAAGGAUGGCUUGACCACCUGAGCUGCUGAGCGUCAGAGAGCAUGGCAUAGCAUUUCUUGGUGUCGCUGGAUGGAUGGGGAUGACUGGAUCACUCAUCAAGAGGCGGAUCACAAAAGAGUACUAGCUAACCACUGCCAAGAUUCCGCCGCGCGCACGCAUGCAUCUGUGUUGAGCUUCUUACACGCCGCAGAGAAAACUAGAUCACGGCGCUGCACAUACCGCAGCGCGCGCAGGAAGCAAGCGGCUAAGGAUCGAUGGAUCACCAUCACCACCACCACCAUCACAUGAUCCCGGGCCAAGAGCCACCGGCGGCGGAUAGCUCAGCCCCGGACAGCUUCUUCCUCGGCCCCGCGGGAGCCAUCAUAUUCUCCGGAGGCGCCGGGGUGUCGGGGGCCGGCUCGUCGUCGGGCGCCGCGGCCCUCGGAUCAUCCGCGGGGGCAGGAGGUGGGCCGUCGCCGUCCAGCUCGUCACCGUCGCUGAGCCGGUACGAGUCCCAGAAGCGCCGGGACUGGAACACGUUCGGGCAGUACCUCCGAAACCACCGGCCGCCACUGUCGUUGUCGCGGUGCAGCGGUGCACACGUGCUGGAGUUCCUCAAAUAUAUGGAUCAGUUCGGCAAGACCAAGGUGCACACGCCGGUGUGCCCCUUCUACGGGCACCCCAACCCGCCCGCGCCGUGCCCGUGCCCGCUGCGCCAGGCCUGGGGUUCCCUCGACGCGCUCAUCGGCCGCCUCCGCGCCGCCUACGAGGAGAACGGCGGCACGCCCGAGAUGAACCCGUUCGGCGCGCGCGCCGUGCGGCUCUACCUGCGCGAGGUGCGCGAGUCGCAGGCGCGUGCCAGGGGGAUCAGCUACGAGAAGAAGAAGCGCAAGAAGCCGUCGGCAGCCUCGGCCGCGGCCCCUGGGCCGUCGUCCGAGGGAAGCCCACCACCAGGACCGUCCGGCGGAGGAGGAGGAUUCGGCACGUCGGCGUCGCCGCGGUUCAUCAUGCCGUGAGUUUUUUUUUUUCCUGGCUAGCUAGCCAAGUGAUCCAUCGCCGGCAUCUACACCCCUUGAUCGUCUAUUUUAAUCUGAUGAGCUAGCCAGGACAGCACAGCUGGAGUUGGAAUUCUUGCAUGGAACGCCAUUGUUCUGGUAGUAGAGCAAACAAAAGUCUAAGCCAUUGUUCUUUGCCUCCUCCUCCUCCUUCGGUGGCUUGCAUUUCGGGAAAAAAAAUUCUCGAUCCCCUUUUCUUUUCUUUCCUUUUUCUUUUCUCUGUUUCAUCCGUGCGUGAGUACUGGUUUAAUCGUGGAUGUUUUAUUUAGCUUUCAAUCCAUUGGCAACAAGAGCAGUUUAUGAUAGUUUUGCUUGGUUUAUAUAUGCUCCUCCCGAGGGAUGCAAACUUGGCAGAACAGUUUGAGAUUCCCUAGUCCCUACCAAUGCUAGCUUAUAUAUGCAUGUCAUGUCAUGUCAUGCCAUGGUGUAGGAGAAGAGUUUAGUUUGCAGUUAGCAACAACAGUGGCAAAAGGCUGUAGCUAGCUGUAUGACUAGCUACUAGUAGCAUCUUUUCAGAAUUUGUUCUUGUAUGCAACUUGCAAAGCAACACUAGUAGUUUGGUUCUGUUGCAGAAGCCAGCAGCCAAACUAGGUUGCUGUGCUAUUCAUUAUAUUGGCUGAACAGAAAUUGAUACAAUGCUUCAUCACACUACAUAUAUCUAUUCAUGGACUGCUGGUGGUGUGUGUGGUUCAAAUUCCUUUCUUUCUUAGGAGAGCAGAAGGGCAAUGCACAUGGUUUCUAAAGCCAGGGAAGACAUAUAUACUCCAGGCGAACCCAUAUAUAUAUCUUGUAACUUGAACAAUGUAUUUCUUCAGUUGAGCUUACAAAUUGCACAUGUUUAGUU